AAAUCACUACUACUUACUCAUUUCUACUUAACAUUCUAACGAUGGCAAACCAAAUCUACUUAUUCUCCUUGAUCUGCUUGUCUGUUUUACUUUGCCAAUCAUAUACGGUCUCAUCUUUCCAAAAAUCACUAGACCUAGCGAAACCAUGCAAGCGUUUCGUCCUCCACCUCCAUGACAUUGCGUACGAUGGUGAUAACGCGGCUAAUGCAACGUCAGCAGCAAUUGUGAAUCCUUUAGGACUAGGAGACUUCAGUUUUGGGAAGUUUGUGAUUAUGGACGACCCUGUGACAAUGGACCAGAACUAUCUCUCGAAACCCGUGGCUCGUGUUCAAGGCUUCUUCUGCUACCACGGUAAGGCAACAUACGACGCUUGGAUCGCUUGGACAGUGGUAUUCAACUCAACACAACACAAAGGGGCAUUCACCAUAAUGGGUGAAAAUCCGUUUAUGGAGCCGACUAGAGACCUACCGAUCGUUGGUGGGACUGGUGACUUCAUCAUGACUCGAGGGAUCGCUACGUUAACGACCGAUCACAUUGACGGCAGUAAGUAUUUCCGCGUCAAGCUUGAUAUUAAGCUCUACGAAUGUUACCAUUAGAGUUACUAAUACGUUAUACGUGCAUGUCUUGGGUUUGAUGUUUCUGAAUUGAUAUUUUGGGUUUGGUUCUUCUUUCUUAGCAUUUUAUUGCUUUUAUCUGUUCGUGGUUGAUGUUGUUCCAAGUUCCAAUAAAUGGUGUAUUGAAAACGAGCUCCUUUGUUCUGUAUACCAAGUUUUAAACCUACAUACACAUCUACUAAGCAACUAUCCUAUGUCGUAGACAAUAUGUCGAACUUUUACCCAAAAAAUAAAU